UAAGCGUGCUUUGCUAUUGGUUGGGUUUAACGUCUGUCACGCACGCAUUACCUCCUGUAUAACGGCGCAGGAAGGUAUAAUUCUCAUCUGCGCUUGUUUAUAAAAGCCUAAAAGAAGAAAAGACGGAUCACAACAUCUACUGAGAUCGUAGCAGUAGCAUUGUCGAAGAUGAUCCACAGUUUGUUCCUGGUGAACUCCACGGGAGACAUCUUCCUGGAGAAGCACUGGAAGAGCGUGGUGAGCCGCUCGGUGUGCGAUUACUUCUUCGAGGCGCAGGAGCGAGCCAGCGAGCCGGAGAACGUUCCGCCGGUGAUCCCGACGCCGCACCACUACCUCAUCAACGUGCUCCGGCAUCGCAUCUACUUCGUAGCUGUGAUCCAGAGCGAGGUUCCUCCUCUGUUCGUCAUCGAGUUCCUGCAUCGUGUCGUCGAUACGUUUCAGGACUAUUUUGGCGUGUGCUCCGAGGCGGCCAUUAAAGACAACGUGGUGGUGGUGUACGAGCUGCUGGAGGAGAUGCUGGAUAACGGGUUCCCCCUGGCCACAGAAUCCAACAUAUUGAAAGAGCUGAUUAAACCUCCGACCAUCCUGCGCACCGUCGUCAACACCAUCACAGGAAGCACUAAUGUCGGGGAGCAGCUCCCUACGGGUCAGCUCUCUGUGGUGCCGUGGAGACGCACCGGAGUCAAAUACACCAACAACGAGGCUUACUUCGACGUGGUGGAAGAGAUCGACGCCAUCAUCGACAAGUCAGGUUCUACAAUCACAGCAGAGAUCCAGGGUGUGAUUGAUGCGUGUGUGAAGCUGACAGGGAUGCCAGAUCUCACCCUGUCCUUUAUGAAUCCCCGGCUGUUGGACGACGUGAGUUUCCACCCGUGUGUCCGCUUUAAACGUUGGGAAGCCGAGCGAAUUCUGUCCUUCAUCCCUCCAGACGGAAACUUCCGGCUGCUCUCCUACCACGUCAGCUCUCAGAAUCUGGUGGCCAUCCCAGUCUAUGUUAAACACAACAUCUCGUUCCGUGAGGGCAGCUCUCAGGGCCGCUUCGACCUCACUCUCGGCCCCAAACAGACCAUGGGGAAGGUCGUGGAGUCGGUCCUGGUGAGCAGUCAGCUCCCACGCAGCGUCCUGAACGCCAGCCUCAACCCUUCACAGGGCACCUACACCUUCGACCCCGUCACCAAGCUCCUGACGUGGGACGUCGGGAAGAUCAACCCUCAGAAGCUGCCGAGUCUGAAGGGCACCAUGUGUCUGCAGACCGGAGCCUCCAAACCAGACGAGAAUCCGACCAUCAACAUCCAGCUGAAGAUCCAGCAGAUGGCCAUCUCAGGUCUGAAGGUAAAUCGGUUGGACAUGUACGGCGAGAAAUACAAACCGUUCAAAGGCAUCAAGUACAUGACCAAGGCGGGGAAAUUCCAGGUGCGGACCUAAAGGCCAGACCUCCUCUCCCGCUUCCAGCCGUCUCCAGCGACAGCAGGACAUCACGGCGUGGACUGGGGCUUGGAAACGGAGGAUACGUGUACGGGGGUUGAUUUAAGCGGGAACAAAUUUUUCAAGAUUUAAAGGAAUACUUUGGUGGAAAAUGCUGAUAACGCUAUACAUGAUCGCUGGGGUUAAACAUCAUCCCUGUACACAAUAGCAACGUUAGCAUUCCUCAGGUAAAAGUAUUCCUUUAAACGUAGCCACUGUUCGCUAGUGCGGAUGAAGGAAACACGGCGGUCGUGUGUAUCGAGUCUGAAGUCCACACUAGAGGUCUUCUCGGGUCUAAAGAAACGUACCCGACCCGAAGUGACCCGAAUCACUUUUUACCCGAACCCGACGUGCAUGAUUUAUUUAUUUUAAGAAAGACCCGACCCGAGUCAAACCCGAAAAAUUUAGACCCGAGUCCGACCCGACGGCAAUUUUUUUUAACCCGACUGGACCGAAUGUUGCGUAACUCUACACUAAAGUAACCGCUACAGAGUGGAUUCAAAAUUGAUUGACAGGUCUGUUUCAACGUAAAUUAGUUUACCGCCAGCCACACGUCGCCAGCCACAUGUCGCAAGCGGUCUUGGCAAACAGAGGAGAGGUUGGAAAAGGACUCGAGUCGAGGCACACACACGAGAUACAGUAGUUCGGGUCUUCUCGGGUCCGUUCGGUAAAAACACAUUCAUUUUAAAUUACCCGAGACCCGACACCGCUAUUAUUAUACCCGACCCGUGUCCGAGGUACACGUGAAACUUUUAGACUCAAACCCGCUCGGGUCGGAUCUCGGGUUUUCGGAUCUAAGCGGACCCGUGAUGACCUCUAGAUCCACAACCGAUCUUCCUUGCACUCGUAUCUUUAAUAAUUACAACCCAAGAAACAAAUUUGCUCCGUCCACAGACCUGAUACCUGUCACGCGUCACGUUGUAAGACGUCCUGCUUCUCUCUUAUUGUGUCUUAUUGUGUCUUUUUUCUCAUUGACUCGAAACUGGUUUGUCGUGAAAUUUUAUUUUAUUUUAUUUUAUUUAUUUAAAGCUUUAAUUAUCAGGUGAAAACACGGUAGCCGUACACCGGAUUCCCGACACGACAAUCUACAAUAACAGGGAAAAAAAAGCACUUCAAACCUUUCCAGUUGCCCGAUGUCUCGAGUACGCCGUCGUGACCCCGCCCUCGUAUCGAUCGUGCACUUAGUUCUCCAUUUGACUAAUGGCUUCACUGCUGAGACACUACCGUUACCGAUCCCACAUCGGUGCUCUAUCUCCAACCACAUUAUCCCUUAACCUGUAUACAGUUCACAAGCACAUCAUCUGUUACACACACACACACACACACGCACACACACAGACCUUCUGUAACCACUAUUUCACUGUACGGUGAACGUCUGACUUCACCGAAGCAACAAGGACCAAUUAAAUCCCAUCGCUGGAUGUUUUCUGUUUGCUGUGUCUGUGAUUUUGCGGUGGUGUCGAAUAAAAAAAAUGUCUGAACAUCAAAAAA